AUGGUUGUUCUCCGAGUGUAUGUACCCAUCAUAUUCAGUAGACUGUAUCUAACAGAAGUAGUCAAAAGGACGAGUGGAAAAACACCCAGUCCAUCGGAAACAUUAUCCGUGGAUGAAUGGCGGCCAUUCUAUCUGCGUCGACGGCUUUUGGCAGGUUAUACUGUCAUUUUCUGUGUGAUUCUUGCCUCACUGGAGACUGUCAAUCAGGUAUCUAGAUCUCGCCAUGGCAUCGUCUCCUCCAAUGAAUCCAGGCAUUAUCUCUGGACCUACGGACCGACUGCUAUUCUCAGUUUGAUUGCUGCGAUAUGGGCUCGAACUGAACAUCAGUCCAAGCAGAGCAUUCCAUGGCAGGCAAUGCUGGAUAAGCCGACUGAUGCCAGCAAAAGUGUAUUGCUGGACUAUGUGUCGAUGGCGCAGAUAUUCGCACUACCGAAAGCACUCCGGAAUGGAAAUUAUAUUGUUGCAUCGACAGUGACAGCAUCACUACUGUUUAGGCUCCUGGUAAUCUUCUCAACUGGUCUCUUAUCCCUCCAGCAGGCUUUGGUUGACAACUCAGCAUCAGAGAGUAAUGGAACGGGAGUACUCAAUGAAAACAGGCUGCUGGUUGAGAAUCUGUCUCUCCGCGGCAUGGAAGCAUGUGUCGCCGUGAUGAUCGUUCUGGUGAUGGUCAUGAUACUACUCACUUCCCGCAACGCGAUUUCUCCACAAAAUGCUGGUUCCCUCUCGUCAAUGGCUUCCAUUCUGGCCCGCAGUCAGGAGUUCACUUACAGUCUUCGUGGGACUGGUGCUGCCCCUUUGAAUGUCGUACAGGACUCGCUCAUGGGUGGGCUGUACAGCUCCCAUAGUGGUCCAGAUGGAUUUGCAGUCAGGGUUAACGAAGAUCCACGAGGGAAGAUUGCACCUAUUCGUGAGUAUGCUGCCCAUAUCUGGAGGCCAUUUCCUAGGAUGAGUGCUCGAGUUGUCAUCUUCAUCCUCUUGGUGUUGGUCAUUGCAGCUCUCGAGAGUGUUCUCCAAGUAUCACAGAAGAACAACGGACUCGGAGAUGUCGACACCGGUGGAUACAUACACUUUGUCUGGACACUCGUUCCAGCAGUCAUCAUGGUGUCUAUCGCAAUGACACUCUCAUGCAUCGACUUUAAUACCCGAUGCCUCGCCCCAUACGCUCAGCUACGCCAAAAGACAGGCACACUUUUCCACCGAUCCAUGACAGUCGACCUUCUGGAUACAAUCAGCAUUUUGAAUGUCUUCAAAUCAAUCCGUCUAAGAGAAUGGGCUGUUCUAGCAACCACUGUGAUGACACUGAUCGGAUCCUUCCUAACCAUCGUCGCCAGCGGCCUGUACUCGGCCAUCCAAGUCCCACAAAUCACUCCCGUCACAUUCCAGCAGGACACGCUUUUCACCGGCAACCUUUCAGCGCUCGGAGAUCGAAGGAACGGAGGGACGCAGAUGGCUGGUCUAGUUCUCUGGGAUAACCUAACCUAUCCGCAGUGGACGUACGAAGAACUCGCCUUUCCCGAACUAACAAUGGACGCAAAUGUAGACAAUUCAUCUUUGUCCUCCGUUGGUAUGAUCGUUCCUGCUGCAAGAGCAAAUCUCACCUGUCGACUAUACGCAUCAUCCGAAAUGCAGUCAAACUUCUCCAGGAACCAGCAUUACGAUGAUUCAUUUUUCACCGGAACACCAGGUGACUGGAACGUCAAUAUCAACCUCACCCAAGAGUACUGCCCCAGCGCUUUGGGUGACUUCAACGAAGCCACUGUGAUCACCGUGCACAACAUCGAGCCAAACACGUACUUUGGGAUGACCCUCACAAGCUACACUAGCGGGAUGUACAAAGCUCCAGAUCUAUGCUCGAACAUAACCUACGUUUGGGGCCAUGUGGGAGAGUCAUCAGUCGACCAAAUCGCCUUGUUAACCUGCAACGAGACUGCCGAGAUGGUCGAUACGACUGUGCGGUUUCAGCUACCUGAUCUUGAUAUUGACCAAGAGAACCCACCAGUCCCGGAUGAAUCUACGGUACAACCAUAUGAUAUCUACCGCGGAGUGAAUACCUUUGACUGGAAAAAACUUCCCAAUAUAUCAACGUCAGAAAGCCUGGAUACAUUCUUCCAAGCGGCUGUGUAUGGAAAGUAUGCCAUUCCCAUCGAGACAUUCGGGAGCGAAGCCGACAACAACCGAGUCGCAGAUGCAGUCAAGCACACGCACAGAAUCAUCGAAGCGCAAUACUACGCCAAUUACACGCGCAUUUCGGCGGAGAAUAGCUCAUUGCCACUGUUGACGGGAAAUGCGACACGUCCGGACCAUUGGAGGCUAGUUCAAGAUGCAGCUUCCACGCGGGUGUUGGAGGCGCUGUUGGCUGCGAUGGUGAUUUUGGGUGUGUUGGCAACAGUGUUGAUGAAUACCGACCAUGUACUUCCGAAGAAUCCAUGCAGUAUUGCAGCGGUGGCGAGUCUAUUUGCUGACUCGAAUAUUCUGGAGCAAUAUGAGGAUGUGCCGCGGAAUGAAAAGCAGCAGGAGGGAAUGUUUGCUAAAUCACGGUUCUAUCUGGGAUGGGAGGAUGAUGCCGAUGAAUCAACGACAGGGCACAAGGACAGUGACAGAUCUACUAUCUAUGCGAGAGAUUCAGAAGGGAGGGCAGCUUAAUCGAAUAUAAUAAUCUAGAAUAAUUUUAAUACAGCUGUUAUGUCGUCAGAUC